UUGCUCGCAAGCGCCCGCGCCGAAGCGCGGGAGUCUGGGAGCCGCCCCCCGCGCCCGGGCCUCCCGGUGCCGUCAGGUCGCUGGUGAAGCCCGCGGCGCGCGCCUUCCCCGGACCCUGCAGGGUAAGAAAAUGUCAUAUUUCAGCCUUUGUACCUGAAGUCAGAAUGCAAAUUUCAGUCCACAUGGAUGAGUGCCAACUUUUGCAUUUCCUCUGUGUAUCCUGUGACCAUUCAAUCUGGGAACAUCCUUCAAAGAGCUCAUGCAUCGUACUGAGGACACCUGACCUUUCGAAGCUUCAUAAUUCACGUCUAGAUGUCACCAGUCUUUCCCAUGUUAACAGUUCUGACUAUGUUUUAUUAUAUAUGCCUUCGGCGCCGAGCCAGGACAGCUACAAGAGGAGAAAUGAUGAACAGCCAUAGGACUAUAGAAUCAAACAGCCGGACUUCCCCUCUCAAUGCAGAGGUGGUCCAGUAUGCCAAAGAAGUAGUGGAUUUCAGUUCCCAUUAUGGAAGUGAGAAUAGUAUGUCCUAUACCAUGUGGAAUCUGGCAGGUGUACCAAAUGUAUUCCCAAGUUCUGGUGACUUCACUCAGACAGCUGUGUUUCGAACUUACGGAACAUGGUGGGAUCAGUGUCCUAGUGCUUCCUUGCCAUUCAAGAGGACGCCACCUAAUUUUCAGAGCCAGGACUAUGUGGAACUUGCUUUUGAACAACAGGUGUAUCCUACAGCUGUACAUGUUCUGGAGACCUAUCAUCCUGGAGCAGUCAUUAGAAUUCUGGCUUGUUCUGCAAAUCCCUAUUCUGCAAGUACACCAGCUGAAGUACGAUGGGAGAUUCUUUGGUCAGAGAGACCUACGAAGGUGAAUGCUUCCCAGGCUCGCCAGUUUAAACCUUGUAUUAAACAGAUAAAUUUUCCCACAAAUCUCAUACGGCUGGAAGUAAAUAGCUCUCUUCUGGAUUAUUACACUGAAUUAGAUGCGGUUGUGCUACAUGGUAUGAAGGACAAACCAGUGCUUUCUCUCAAGACUUUACUUAUUGACAUGAAUGAUCUAGAAGAUGAUGAUUAUGAAGAAAAGGAUGAUUGUGGAAUGGACAGUCUUAACAAAAAGUUUAGCAGUGCUACCCUCAGGGAAGGGCCAAAUAAUGGAUAUUUUGAUAAACUACCUUAUGAGCUCAUUCAACUGAUUCUGAAUCAUCUUACACUACCAGACCUGUGCAGAUUAGCCCAGACUUGCAAGCUACUGAACCAGCAUUGCUGUGAUCCUCUACAAUACAUCCACCUCAAUUUGCAGCCGUACUGGGCAAAACUAAAUGACACGUCUUUGGAAUUUCUACAGGCUCGCUGCACUCUUGUCCAGUGGCUUAAUUUAUCUUGGACGGGCAACAGGGGCUUCAUCUCUGUUUCAGGAUUUAGCAGGUUCUUGAGGGUUUGUGGAUCUGAAUUAGUACGCCUUGAAUUAUCUUGCAGCCACUUCCUUAAUGAAACUUGCUUGGAGGUUAUUUCUGAGAUGUGUCCAAAUCUGCAGGACUUAAAUCUCUCAUCCUGUGAUAAACUGCCACCUCACGCUUUCAACCACGUUGCCAAAUUAUGCAGCCUUAAACGACUUGUUCUCUAUCGCACAAAAGUAGAGCAAACAGCACUGCUCAGCAUUUUGAACUUCUGUUCAGAGCUUCAGCACCUCAGUUUGGGUAGUUGUGUAAUGAUUGAAGACUAUGAUGUGAUAGCUAGCAUGAUAGGAGCCAAGUGUAAAAAACUCCAGACCCUGGAUCUCUGGCGAUGUAAGAAUAUUACUGAGAACGGGAUAGCAGAACUGGCUUCUGGGUGUCAGCUUCUGGAGGAGCUAGACCUCGGCUGGUGCCCCACUCUGCAGAGCAGCACCGGGUGCUUCGCCAGACUUGCACGCCAGCUUCCAAACUUGCAGAAACUCUUUCUUACAGCUAACAGGUCUGUGUGUGACACAGACAUUGAAGAACUGGCAGGUAAUUGUACCAGAUUACAGCAACUGGACAUACUAGGAACAAGAAUGGUAAGUCCGGCAUCUUUAAGAAAACUCCUGGAAUCUUGUAAAGAUCUUUCCUUACUUGAUGUGUCCUUCUGUUCACAGAUUGAUAACAGAGCUGUGCUAGAACUGAAUGCUAGCUUUCCAAAGGUGUUCAUAAAAAAGAGCUUUACUCAGUGACUUAAUAUAUGUUCUGUAAUAAAAUUUAUAUGCUUUUGUAGGGUUUUAUUUGGUGAUUGGUUUUGUUAUUUUGCUUUUGUUAGUAUUUAUAGUGGUAGGAAUCAAGACAUUUGAAGGUUUUAAAGAAAAAUAUCAAAUUGUCCAUUAAAUCAAGUGAAAGAGUAAACAAAUGUUUUCACAAAAUACGGCAAGCACUUUCCUUCAAGAAUAUGUAAGUGGCUGAUGAUGUUUUUGUAUAUUAAUCAGUGAUAGUAUGCUUUAGCCAAUAAUUACAUGUUUAAUAAAAGUAAUAUGGAAACAUUGUAACUUAUUUUUAAAGGAGCACUUUGAGCAACAAAGUAUCAUGAUAUUUAUGCAAAAAUAAAAUGAAUUUUCACACCUCCAUGUAAAGAAUAUUGGAUCUUUUAUUUAUCCUUAUCACCUGGCCAGAGUUUUGUUUGAUACGGACAAAGUUAUCAGAACUAGUUGGAGCAAGAGACUUAUUUUUUAAACUGAUGCAUUUGUUGCAAGGUAUGUUAUUUCUCUCCCUUUUUUUAAGUAGGGGGCUGUCAUCUUUAAUGAUACAAAAGGUGCAUAGAGGAACUCUAAGUGAAUUUGUGGCAGAAACAAAGAAGAAAAGGAAACCCAAAGCAGGCUGCUUCUUAGUGCACUGGUUUAUGUUGAACUGUGCUCUGUCUGCUUAUCAUCUAAAACCCACCAAAAAAAAAAAAAAAAAACAGAAAAAACUGGUUACUUAACUAGUAUAAACAGUAAAACUUUUUUUUGGGUAGAAUACACCCAAUCAUGAAUUAAUUUACAAUAACUGUGCAACUUGAAAAUGUUUUAUUUUUUCACUUUUCCUCUAUAGAUUUAUCUAUUUCACUACUGGGUAAUACCAAUAUAAAAAUAUGGGCAUAACCAAGAACAAAAGGUAAACUACUAAAUGAAGGAGUUUUCCAACUGUUAAACAGAUGCCUUAAAAAUUUGUUAGAGGGAAAGAUUUAAGGCUUCUAAAUUCUAUGGGAAUUUUAUUUAUAUAUAUUUUCUUCUGUCCCCUGGCACCUUAAAUAAUUAAAAAUCAGCUACAGUAGGAAAAAAAGAAAUUGUUUCAUUAAGUAGUGAAUUGAUUUAGCUCUACUGCUAAGAAAGCAGGCAGAAAAUAUUUUCUGGCAUGAAAAGGCAGGACUAUUUUGAAUAGCAAACUUGUAUUAAGUUUGUAGUGUAACAAAAUUUAUUUUGCAAAAUUCAUUUUGCCACUUGGGCAAGAUGUUACAGUCCAACAGCUAAGUGCCCUAGAGUGAUCCUGUAGAACUGUGCUGCCCAAUACAGUAACUACUAGCCAUGUGUAGCUGUUUUAUUUUAAUUAACUGAAAUUUAAUUAAAACUUCAGUUCCUCAGUUGCACUAGCCACUUUUCAGGUGUUCUGUAGUCCCAUGAGGUUAGUGGUUAUCAUACCAGACAGCACAGAAGGUUAUCACAGAAGGUUCUAUUGGAUAGCAGUACUCCAGAGUUUUUUGUUUUGUGUGUGUGUUUGUUUUUUUAAGAAAACACAUUUAAUCUAAAAAUUAACACAGUUAAAAUAUGUAGGCAGUUUUUGAGGGUACUCUCAACAACAUAUAUAUGAAAUCUUCCCCCCGCCAAAGUUUUUAAGCUAAUGAUUUUAUCCAUAUGGCAAAUACUAGGCACUCAGUAAAUAUUUACUGAAUGACUACAAUAUAUCAUUGAGUUAAGCUAUAAAUAUUUCAAAUUUUUAAAAUGUAAAUAUUAUAAAUUAUUACUAGUAGUUAAAAGACAACAUUAAGUAUUAUGACACGUGCAAAGAGCUGGAGAUAGAAAAGCAAAAGGGAAGACAGAAAAGCAAAAGGGAAGAACUAGUGUUUAAUAUAAAGAAUGUAAUGUUGUGAUACUUAAAAUAUUAAAGAGUAACACAAUCUUUACUCCACGUAGGAAACCAUCCUUAUAAGAAUUGCUGUCCUGAUGAUACCCCUAGUAUUCCCCGCCCUGUCAUCUCUUUGAUGGAAGAAGCAAGUGGUAGUUGACCGAGGGCUUGGGUGUCCUUCAUUGUCAUCUUUAUGCAGUUGGAUAUUCUUUUCAUCCACAAAUGUAUGUAAACAUUUUAAAUAUUGUUGUAUUCAGUGGACCUUUUAGGAGGAUGAGAUGCAUAAGUUGACUACCAACUACGUGAAGGAGUACUUUUACCGUAAAAUAGCAGCUAACACUGAGUAAAUUCUUACUCUGUGCUAGGCACUGCUCUAGGUGCUUUUACUACCGUUGGUGUUGUUAGUUGCUAUAGAGUCGAUUCUGACUCAUGGCCACCCCAUGCGUGCAGAGUAGAACUGUUCCAUAAGGUUUCUAAGGCUGUGACCGUUCGGAAGCGGAUGGACAGGCCUGUCUUUUGAGGUGUCUCUGGAUGGGUUUGAACUGCCACCCUUUUGGUUAGUAGUCCAGCAUUAAACAAUUUCCACGACUCAGGGACUCCGUUCCUACCUGCAUUUACAGAUGAGAAAACUGAGGCAAAGUAAGCUUAAGGAAUGUACUCAUGGUCACAUAGCUGCUAGUGGCAGAACCAGCAUACAAACUGAGGCCAUCUGGCUUUAGAAGCAGUGCAUCCAAUCUAUGUUUUAAGUAUCCAGGGUGGCUUUGGUUCUAGAGCAGAGGUCAGUCAACUUUUUCUCUAAAGGACCAGGUAGUAAAUAUUUCAGUCUGUGCAGGCUGACAGCCAGAAUAUUUAGGAUAUUAUAUAGUUGUAUCCCCCACGUGUCUGUCAGUUUGUUGUACCGUGCGGGCUUGCAUAUAGCUGUGAUGCUGGAAGCUCUGCCACCAGUGACGAUACACAUGGACCUCGCCAGAUGGAACACACAGGAAUCAAAUCGACUACAUCUGUGGAAAGAGGUGAUGGAAAAGCUCAAUAUCAUCAGUCAGAACAAGGCCAGGGGUCGACUGUGGAACAGACCAUCAAUUGCUUAUAUGCACGUUCAAGCUGAAACUGAGGAAAAUCAGAGCAGGUCCACGAGAACCAAAAUACAACCUUGAGUAUAUCCCACCUGAAUUUAGAGACCAUCUCAAGAAUAGAUUUGACUCGUUGAACACUAAUGACCAAAGACCAGAGGAGUUGUGGAAUAACAUCAAGAACAUCAUACAUGAAGAAAGCAAGAGGUCAUUGAAAAGACAGGAAAGAAAGAAAAGACCAAGAUGGAUGUCAGAGGAGACUCUGAAACUUCCUCUUAAAUGUCGAGCAGUUAAAGCAAAAGGAAGAAAUGAUGAAGUAAAAGAACUGAACAGAAGAUUUCAAAGAAUGGCUCAAGAAGACAACAUUAAGUAUUAUGACAUGUGCAAAGAGCUGGAGAUAGAAAAGCAAAAGGGAAGAACACGCUCAGCGUUUCUCAAGCUGAAAGAACUGAAGAAAAGUUCAGCCUCAAGUCGCAAUAGUGAAGGAUUCUAUGGGGAAAAUAUUAAACGACGCAGAAAGUAUCAAAAGAAGAUGGAAGAAAUACACAGAGUGAUUAUACCAAAAAAUAUUAGUUGAUGUUCAACCAUUUCAAGAGGUAGCAUAUGAUCAGAAACUGAUGGUACCGAAGGAAGAAGUCCAAGAUGCGCUGAAGGCAUUGGCAAAAAACAAGACUCCAAGAAUUGAUGGAAUGUCAAUUGAGAUGUUUCAACAAAUGGGUACAGCGCUGAAGGUGCUCACUUGUCUAUGCCAAGAAAUAUGGAAGACAGCUUCCUAGCUAACCGACUGGAAGAGAUCCAUAUUUGUGCCAAUAACCAAGAAAGGUGAUCCAACCAAAUGUGGACAUUAUCAAACAAUAUUAUUAAUAUCACACGCAAGCAAAAUUUUGCUGAAGAUCAUUCAAAAGUGGCUGCAGCUGUGUAUCGGCAGGGAACUGCCAGAAAUUCAGGCCAAAUUCAGAAGAGGGCUAGAACCAGGGAUAUCAUUGCUGAUGUCAUAUGGAUCCUGGCUGAAAGCAGAGAAUACCAGAAGGAUGCUUACCUGUGUUUUAUUGACUAUGCAAAGGCACUUGACUAUGUGGAUUGUAACAAAUUAUGGAUAACAUUACAAAGAAUGGGAAUUCCAGAACACUUAAUUGUGCUCAUGAGGAACCUGUAUGUAGAUCAAGAGGCAGUUGUUCGGACAGAACAAGGGGAUACUGAUUGGUUUAAAGUCAGGAAAGGUGUGCGUCAGGGUUGUGUUCUUUCACCAUACCUAUUCAGUCUGUAUGCUGAGCAAAUAAUCUGAGAAGCUGGACUAUAUGAAGAAGAACGGGGCAUCAGGAUUGGAAAAAGACUAUGCAGAUGACACAACUUUGCUGUAAGUGAAGAGGAGUUGAAGCACUUACUAAUGAAGAUCAAAGCCCACAGCCUUCAGUAUGGAUUACACUUCAAUAUAAAGAAAACAAAAAUCCUCACAACUGGACCAGUAAGCAGCAUCAUGAUAAACAGAGAAAAGAUUGAAGUUCUCAAGGAUUUCAUUUUAUUUGGAUCCACAAUCAAUAGCCAUGGAAGCAGCAGUCAAAAGCAGAAAUCAAAAGACGCAUUGCAUUGGGCAAAUCUGCUGCAAAGGACCUCUUUAAAGUGUGGAAAAGCAAAGAUGUCACCUUGAAGGCUAAGGUGCACCUGACCCAAGCCAUGGUAUUUUCAAUCGCCUCCUAUGCAUGUGAAAGCUGGACAAUGAAUAAGGAAGACUGAAGAAGAAUUGAUGCCUUUGAAUUGUGGUGUUGGUGAAAAAUAUUGAAUAUACCAUGGACUGCCAAAAGAAUGAACAAAUUUGUCUUAGAAGAAGUACAACCAGAAUGCUCCUUAGAAGCAAGGAUGGCAAGACUGCGUCUUACAUACUUUGGAGAUGUUGUCAGGAGGGAUCAGUCCCUGGAGAAGGACAUCAUGCUUGGUAAAGUACAGGGUCAGCAGAAAAGAGGAAGACCCUCAACAGGAUGGAUUGAUACAGUGGCUACAACAAUGGGCUCAAGCUUAACAAUUGUAAGGAUGGUACAGGAUUCGGCAGUGUUUCGUUCUGUUGUGGGUAAGGUCGCUAUGGGUCGGGACAGACUCGACGGCACUUAAGAACAACAACAUAUAGUUGUAUAACUAGAAAGAAAACAAAUCUCCACAAAUUUUUAGUGACAAAAUCCAAAAUAUAAUAAUAAUGAUUGAGAACAACUUUUACUCAUCUAAUAAUGAAAAAAAUGGAAUUCUCUGGGGGAGAUAAUAUUUCACUUAAUUAAGGUUCAAAGUUAGUGUUCCCUAUCAUCAACAUUGAUUAUAAGUAUUCAUAUGUUAAUGCCGAUCUGUAAUAAGAUUUUACAUAUUUCAUCUUUUAAAACAUACUUUCUUACUGAUAAGCCCAUUGCCAUCAAGUCAGUUUCAACUUAUAGUGUCCCUAUAGCACAGAGCGGAACUGCCCCAUAGGGUUUCCAAGGAGUGGCUGGUGGAUUCAAACUGCCAACCGUUUGUUUAUCAGCCAGACUCUUAACCACUAUAGGUAUUGCCAAAUGUGUAUGUUAAUCCACAAGAAUAUGAUUUUCAUUGAGCAUGUUCAUCACUUGGAAGGCAUUGAUAGAAUUUUAUAAGAUGCUUUCUUCUCUUGAUAUUUCCCUUUUUUAGCAUGUUAUUACAUUGCAGAUAUCACUUUCAAUUGAAGGUUAGGUGGAAGCUCCUCAAUUGCACAGUUAAGUGGGUUUUGAAAAAUGGAAAUUUCCUUUGCACUUGCCUCAAGGUUUUAAAAAAUGCUGCUGGAACUGUAGUUUCAGCUCAGAAAAUACAUCUGCUGCAGGUUUAUGUGGGAAUGGAAAUCUUGUUUCACAUUUUGAGAGCAUAGGACCUGUGUAAAGCAACCUGACAUUACUUGUGAUUCAAAUUGAGUUUCACAUGUAAACGCUGUUUUACCUUGUAAUUUUUGGUUGGAUUCACUACAAAACAUUAUAAAGUCUGUAGCAAAAGUUAAUUUCUAAAGUUAUUCAGUGUUCGGUAGUAGUGAUUCAGAGCACUUCUUCUUAUGCAGAAAAUUUUGAAUAUUGGCCUUGAACUCAAAAAAUCACAAUAAAACUACCACCGCUUGACCAAGAAACCUCUCUCUGGUAGGGCAAUCAGGACAUUCAUCUUCUGUAUCUGACAAAAGAUAAUGGAAUUGAUAGCAAAUGAAGUUAUCUGUUGGCAUUACUGGUUCAGUAACACAAGACUGAGUCAGAUAUGUUCUGCAAAGUACCUGCUGAUGAAUAAUACAGUAAAUAACCAUAGGCUUAAAUACCUUACAUUUUUACAAGCUUUGUGAAUUUGACCAACUAAAACUUUUGUUGUUGUUGUUCUCCAUGUAUUUUUGCCACCAUCAGUUGUAACACAUCUUAGCAGAUUCUACUUCAGGUUGUACUAGCAUCAUGUUUUCUCUACUUCUUAGAAAUUAGUCUCACCUGCACUUGUUCACACAGACUACUCAUAGAGGCUGACUUUGCAGUCACUUCACAUCUGGCACUGACUCAUCAAAUAAACAACUACUGAGCAGUAUCAGUAACAUCUGUUGACUCACAAAGAGCCAAGGAAAACCACUCAAAAUCGUUUGCCUUAUUUUUUAUUGAAUAUUGAUGUUGUUCUCAAUUCUUCAAGCAACUAUUCUUGCCAAAAGGCUAAUAGUCUUAAACAAGUUUGUUUACUCUGGAUGCAUUUUUUUCAGCUGCUGCAAUCAAACACAAUUUAAUUGACUCAUCAUUGGUAAAAGGCUUUUUCUUGCUUGGCUAACAAAUGAGUCAUUUGGAAACUCACUUUGGCCUCAGCUUCAUUUUCAUUUUUGUAAAGAAAUUCUGCUGUGAUGAGAUAUAUUGGCUUAAAUUUUCUAGUUUUUCUGGCCACUGCAUUCCUGUGAAUUGAGAAUAUUGUGAUGAGUGCUUAGUCUGGUAAUUUUGGUAAAUACCAUAUUUUUACACAAAUAACACAAGCCUUCUACAUUUGUUUGCCAACUGCACCCUCCUCGUACAAUAUUUUCAUAAGUGUGCUAUGCUAACUUUUUUACAGCAACAUGUGAAAAAUUGGCAUAGCGGCACUUAUGUAAAUACCUCUCUGGGGGAGGGCACGGUUGGCAAGCAAACAAACAUAGCAGACACACCUUAUUUGCGUAAAAACAUGGUAUAUUCUUUUAGAACAGCUACAGGGUUUCCAUGAGUCAGAAUCAACUCUUGAGGAAAACUAACAACAACAUAGUGUCAUUGCAUGUUAAACACAAUGCUUUGUCAUUUGAUUCAGUAACAAAACCCAUACUCCAUUGUUACUUAAAAGCAUAACAUUUGAAGUCCACUUUUUUUUUCUACUUGUUUUGACAUUAUAGGUAUGCACUGGUGAUAAAAAUAUAAAAUAUUGUGGUGUUGUUGAGUUGUAACUAUAUCCAUGUAAUUCAUAGUGUGCCACGCAGCAGUGCAAAAUGGUGAAAGCACCACAAAGGUCUCUGUUGCAACUCCUCCACUCUGCCAUUGUAGUGUGAAAGCAACCAUAGACAAUAGGUGAAUGGAUGAGGAUGGCUAUGUGCCAAAAAAAUUUUAUUUAUGGAUACUGAAAGUUGAAUUUAACAUAAUUUUCACGUCACAAAAUAUCUUUCUUCUUUUGAUUUAAUGUUUUAUCGAACAUUAAAAAACUAUAAAAACCAUUCUUAGCUCACAGGCUGUACAAAAAUAAGGAGCGGGGUAGAUUUGACUUGUGGACACCUACCUGUUCUAGGGAAUUCUCAGAUCAGACAGUAAACCCAGGUUUGCCCAUUCCUAAUUCUGUAAACCACACUGAAACCUCUCUCAGCCUUUGUCUUGCUCAUUUUACUCUUUGGAUUUUAAAAUAAAGAACAGUGUUUUAUUGACUUAGAGAAAACCAAAGUGUUUUCCAUAAGAGAGAAUUUAUGUAGACUGUAUCUGUUCAUUAAAAUUUGAAGCCAAAUGACCCAUUGUUAUUAGCAUGGCCAACUUACUUAAAUUUUUAUAUAAUGAGCAUUUUGCUAAGGUAAAUUAUUUUCCCAGUGACUAGUAAUAGAUAAAUAUAUGUCUCUGACCCUUGUUGAGAGCAUAGAGGACCCUCUCAAUUUAAACUGCUCCGAAAUAAGAUCCUAGAAACAUACAAGUGUAACAAAACAUUUAGACAGUUAAUAUUCUUCCUUUCCUGUGGAGUGAUUAAUUGUGAGCCUGUAUGUCACAAAGGAAAACUGAGUUCUUUGUAGAAGUGUUUUUAUUUUAGGUGUUUCCCAGGAAUUAAGACUGGAAAACAUAUCUGCAAGUGUGGUAAUACUAACCAGGGAAGAGUCGGUAAAAAUUACAUUUGGUUACCAUGCAUGUUGUGGGAGAAAAAUGUGGCAGCCUGCUUCUGUAAAGAUUUACAGCCUUGGAAAACCUAUGGGGCAGUUACUCUGUCCUUUGACAGUUGGAAUCAACUUAUCAGCGCUGGGUUUUUGACCACGUAUGUUAAUAAUGAAUGUUUGGAUUUUUAGUUUGUAAGGUAUUAAAAAGAGCGCUUAAUACUGACAGUAAUUUUCAUCUUCAAAGCCACGUAUCAAACAUUUAUCAGUGUCACAUCUAGUUUUUCUCCCUUUUAGCACCUUUGAUAUUGAUACUUCAGAAGAACUUUUUAUUUAACCACCCUGAAAAUCUUGUCAAUGACCCCUAAAAGAAUGUUAAAAAAAAAAAAGAAUGUUAGCUAUUGCCAAAAAACUAUUCUAGCAGCUACCUUUUUGUACUUGCAGUUCUAUAGCAGUAUAUUAAUGUCCCUAAGAAACGAGAUGGCGAUUGGAAGGAAUAGCUGCAGGUCAAGUGGAAAAGGUAAAUUAAUUAGAGAUCACAGUUUAUUACAUGUUUUUUAUAAAUACAGAGACUAAGGUUUUUCCUUUGAUACAACAUGUACAUGAUAUUUUUGCCUAUAAAUUUGAACUUUUGACUUUAAUUUUUAAGGAUAUGAAUACUACAAAUGGCUUUGACUAUAUUUUAAAGGAAAAAGAUUAUGUCAAAACUGACAUUUUCAGAGGAUGGAAUAUUUUUAUCAAUAUAUGUGGUAAAGUAAUAUAAAUUAGUGAAGUUUUCUUACAGUUAGAAAAUUUUUAAAGAAAAAUUUAAAAGUAAACCAAUUAAAUGAUCAGAUGCAUUUGAGUAGGAUACAACAAAGGUAAAACAACUCUGUUACAAGUGAGAAUCUAUACAGACAACUGACUGUGAAUGUUUUAAAUUUUAUUUGUAUAAAAUUGCCACUCAGUGUCUAAUGAUGUCUAUUGUUUGUUUUAUUCUGUACUUUAGAAAAAAAAAAUUUUUUUUUUUUUUAGAAUAAUAAGGUAAGGUUGAGUAUCGUAUUAGCUCACUUUUCAAACUGAUCAUUUCAGGACAUUGCUGAACAUGUUUGGGUAAAUAGGUUUGUGUCAUAGCCCUUAUGAAACUAGAUGAGAAUAAGCCUGGAAGAUGAACCAUUAUUUUUGUACUGAACACUAACAAAUAAUCCUCAUGCUGUGAGAUGACACCAGCUUGGCUGCAUUUUAAACUUUACAUGAGCCUGCAAUUAAAUAAACUGUAAACUGAGUUCACAUUGUUAUUUACUUCUUUCUGCCUUCUCAGUAAUUCCCCCAAAUUAAGAUAUAUUUACUUAAACAUCCACCAAAGUUUGAUACAGUGUAUUGUGGUAUUCGUGUGGAAGCCAGUCCCUUUAUUAGUAAUUAGCUUUUAAAUUGUUCCAGAAUUCUUAGUCACACCCAAACUGCUUUGCUGGAAUGGAAUGAAUAGCGCGAGGUAAGAUACAUUUAUCCAUCUAUUUCUUCAACAAAUACAUACUAACAGCUGUGUGCUAGGCACAGAUUGGGGUGGGGCAUACAGAAUGCAUAUGAAUAACCACAGAACAAUUUAAGAAAAAACUUUUAUAUGGCAAGAAAAAAACCCUGUAGUGAAAUAAGCAUGGAAUGUAGAGGGUUAAAGUUAGGCAGGUUUCUUUACUGCUGGACUUCAGGUCAGUCUUUAAUAGGCCAAUUGAAUCCUCAGACAAGGUGGGUGAGUUAAGGAAUGCAGUGUUUUCCAGUCUUAUGUUGCUUUAAUUUUUGUAUGUUGUGCUAGUCCAUACACAUCAAUUGUGUAUUAAUAGAAAAAGGUAGACAUUUUAGAUAAGCUUCUGAUCAGUGACUAUUUAACAAGUGUUUAAUAUGUAAUGAUUUUUUAAUGUAUAGUAACAGCAGUUCAGUACAAUCAUUUGUUUUGCUGAGGUCUGAAAUUGAAAAGGAUAAUUUAUUACAAGAAUAAUAUCUUCUCAAAUAGGUACUUGUAUGUGAACCCUAUUGUAUGUGUAGUCACAUAUAUAUACACAUAUACUUAUUUCAGUCUCUCAAAUAUGUGUUUAAUUUAUGCUCCUAAAAUUUUUUUAGUGAGAAGAUGUAUUUCUACAGAGCUUUCCAUGGAAUAUUUAUAGAUAGCUGCUAGGAUUACAACAAUAAAAACCAUAGAAUUGUUAAUACUAACAAAUUCUGGCACACCAAUUGUUCUUAUUUGAGAUGUUUUUGCUGACAGAUACCCCAAAGAAAUACUGUUGAACUUCUUGUUAACUUUGUUUAAAAGUCCUAAAAAUAAUUCUCCCCAAUAAAACAUAAAAUAAAUGGUUCUAAUAAUUAUUUAUAAUCAGAAAUAUUUGUAAAUUUGAAAGACCUUAAGAUGUGUAUAUCUAGCAUACGUUACCGUGGUUGGUUGUCAGCAGUAUGUGCCUGACUGUGUGCCUCUAUGUAAAGAGAAACACUGGUUAGACUUUCAGAGCUCUGUUCUGCCUGUCUUUCAAAAUAUCUUCAGAUUUUCCUUCUAUAUACACUCCUUGCCAAAAUGAAGAGUCGCGUUUCCUACCCUAGGUGCAUCAGCUUUACCAGGGCCUGGAGUGGAGCCCUGGUGGCACAAUAGUUAAGAGAUUGGCUGUUAACCAGAAGGUCUGCAGUUCGAAUCCACUAGCUGCUCCUUGGAAAUCCAAUGGGGCAGUUCUACUUUAUACUAUAGGGUCGCUAUGAGUUGGAAUCGACUUGACAGCAAUGGGUUAGAGUGUAAGUAGAGCAGUAUUCCCAGAGCGUCAUCAGUCCUCAUUCCUCAAUACCUUCAGUCCUUCUAAAUCUCUAUAAAAAGCCACUAGUUUCAGUUUUAACUCUAACCUAAAGUCUUCCCUCAUAGAUCAAAUUGGGCCAUCAGUUUCUUAAAGUUCUAAACAUUAAAAUACCAAAUGUUAAAGGAGGUGAAUUUCUUAAAGCUAGUGGCACACUGAUAAAUGUUUACCAACUCUUGAUGGAGCGAAGGGGGUCAGGAGGGAAUCCCUGAUUGGUGGUGUUUUCCAAUUCCUCUGGUGUAAAUACUCCCACCAUGGCUGAUUUCAAGCUAUCGAUGUGAAAUCACUCAAAACUGAGUUCGGAAGAGAUGCACACAAUUUACUGUUUUGAAUUUGUGCAAGCUGGCUGUAGCUCACGCUGCCAAAUGAGGUUAUUAAGCAUUGAUCUAAUUUUUGAAAAAUAGACCUAAUAAGCUAUAGCUAGCUUUCCCACAGGGGUGGUAUUAUCUGUAGUCAAGUGGUCCUUCAAAAUCUGUAAAAUUCCUCCUUGCCAUUGAAUACAUUGCAAGACUAAAGGAAAUUUUGCUAAUGUCCGAUAAUCAUUAGUAUGAGAAUUAAGAACAUUAAUAAGAAAAACUUUGAAAAAAAUUAUGAGAAGCAAAUUAUUUUUGCUGAUGUAAAUCUGACAUCAAUCAUGUAAAUUGAGACAGCAUAGUGUGUUUGUGGGGUUAUAAUUUCAAAAAACAUUCCCUGUAUUUCCUUGGAACUUGGAAAUUAUAUCCCCAGAUAAAUUGUGACAUUUACUUUCUGCAUGCUGGUACAAUUUUACAUUAUGAAAUUGUCAUGUAGAUUCAUUACACCUAUUUUCCAAACACAAAUGACCAUAAUUCAAAUACAUACCUAUCAUAUGCCAAGCGCUGAGCUGCAUAAAAGCACUCUAUCACUACUGUAUAUGCAAGCACAUUGAUAUUUAAAUAUUUUUACAACAAAGAUUCUUGGUUUAGGAACCUUAGGAUUUUUACUUUUGAGAUCUUUCUGUUUCAGGUACCAGAUUUUUUAUCUAGAUUUGGGAGCAUUUAUGCAUUAGCUCUUAUUAGGCUAUAAUGAUUAACAACCUCAGAAAUUUCAGUGGCUUUCAACAGCAUGUAUUUCUCAAUUGUGCAGCAUGUUGGUGACUGGGGGUUUGUUGCCACACCUGUGCUCCAGGAUAUGGUACAGGUUCAGUUCUCCUCCACCUAGCCUGAAAGUGCAGGUCCCUGAAAUGCCCCUUUCUCGUAGUAGAGGGCCCUGAAAUGAGAGCUGGCAGACACAGGAAGUGCCUCUAAAAGCAUCUCAAAAAAACCAAACCCAGUGCCGUUGAGUCAUUCCGACUCAUAGCGACUCGAUCUACGUGGGUACAAUGCACAUCGAGUCUGCUCACAUUCUAUUGGUCAAAACAGGUCAUGUGCCCAAGCCCAGUCACUAGACAAUAAGACUGUUGCCACAUGGAGUCACACCUAAAGGUUGAAAGAACAAAUAAUUCAAAACAAUAAUAUUAUCUGCCACUAUAAGUAGUCAAAAUUAUAUGGAAGAAAGAAAUUUCAUUUAAAAAAUGGUAUUGUUAAUUAUAUUGGUUUCGGUUUUAAAUUUUUAGAACGAUCUUUCAAGAUUUGUGUGUAUUUUAUUUUUUGGAAGAUAAAAAGACUUUUCCAAAUGUCACUAUCACCUAAUGCUGAAAAAAAAAAAAUUCUGUAGGAAAUAAAAAAUAUAAUAAGCUAAUAGAAAUGGGUCUAGAUCAUUGAUGGUGCACUAAUGGAAGUAGUAAGGGGGGAUCAACAGUCAGAGCUGACUUGCAAACUGGACUUUGCUACUUUGGGCUGUUAUUUAACUUUUUUGAGUCUCAACUUCCUUAUCUGUAAAAUAAGAAAGUUGUUCCACAAGCUUUUUAAGGUUAUUUUUACUCUAAAGCUUUCAUUCUAAUGCCUUUUUUAUUGUCAUCUAAUUAACAAAGCAUAUCCUCCUGCAGUUUUUAUUACAGUUUAACUCAUUGUUUUUCUUGGAAUUAUGGCAGAGCAGUGGAAUUUUAAUUUUCUUUUAUUCAUAUCCCACCUUAUUCAAAAAUGGAUUUCAGAUAAACAGAAUACAAUCCACCUUGUUUUUAAUGUUAAUAUUCAAAGUUACCAGGCUUUAAAACACCCAGGCCACUAAAAUGCUGUUCAGUUACUCUGAGAUUUGCUGGUUUGAACAUCGUUAUAUAUAAUAAUCACCUGGGAGCUUGUUUAAAAUGUAAAUUCCUACUCCCAAACCCUCCAUAGAUUCUGAUACUAGAUAGAGCCCAGAGAACUGCAUUUUUAACAAGUACCCCAGGUGUCCAACCUCGUCUAAGCAGUACAAAUGCUGUGAGUUAUUUUGGUAAUAAUGAAAACAGACACAUACUCUGGAAUAGUACAUACUUAGUAUAAUCAUUUAAAAUUAGUCAUUAAUGCCAUACUUCUCAAUUAUACGUUAUUUGGUGUUUGUAUUUUGUCUUCAUGGAUUUAAUUUUUUUGUCACCACAUUUAGUAUACUGGAUCUCUGUGAAUGAUGGAAUUAUAGUUAUAUAUAAACUUUAGAAAUUUGGAAACCAAAAUAGUAAUUUUUUUUUAUGUGGAAGUCCCCUUAGCACUCUCCAAAUGCAUACAUGUAGAUCAAUCUCAGAAUGAAAUACUCCAAAAUUAGAACUACUAUUGGAUCAUGGUAACAGUUGGUGUCUUAGGCUGGGUUCUCUAGAGAAGCAAAACCAGUAAAGUGUAUAUAUAGAGAGAGAGAGAUUUAUAUCGAGGAAACGGCUCAUGCUAUUGUAGAGGCUGGAACAUCCCAAGUCCAUGGAUCAAGAUAGAGGCUUCUCCUGAUUCACGUAGCCACAGGGGCUGGUGAACCCAAGAUCGGCAGGUCAGAGAGCAGGGCUCUUGCUCACAGGCUGUGAAAAUUGACAAAUCCCAAGGUCUACAGAUGAGCUGCUAGUUCAAGUCCCAGGAACCAGAGAUCAGAUGAACAGGAGCCAGCUGCAGGAUCCAGAGCAGGCAAAAGUGAGAAUGUCUGCUUAUAUUCGGAUUCUAGCCACACGCCCAAGGAAACUCCCUUUCAACUGAUUGGCUGCUCACAGCAGAUACCAUCAUGAAGGUGAUCACAUAUAAAUCAUGGCCCAGGCAAACUGACACAAUCUUAACAAGCACGGUUGGAUUAUGUUGGAAAUACUCCAAAAUUAGAACUACUGUUGGAUUAUGCUUCUUCCUUUGUCUCCUUACACUCUAAAUUCCACCACCAUAAACCAGUUGCUCUCCAGUCAACUCUGUCUCAUGGUGACCUGAGUGUUUCAGACUAGAACUGUGCACUACGGGGUUUUCAAUAGCUGAUUCUUCUAAAGUAGAUGGCCGGGUCUUUCUUUCAAGGCACCCCUGGGUGGACUUGAACUUCCAACCUCUCAGCAGCUGAGCAUGUUAACCAUUUGCAGCACCCAGGGACUCCCCACUGCUAUGGUACUCCUUUUAAAACAUAGUCAGACCGUGUGUUUUUUGUUGUUGUCAUUGUUAAAACCCUCUAGAAUAAAAACUAAAUGCUUUAACCUGGCUACCUAUAGAAUCUUAUGUCUCCCAUGCUCCCCCUACCUCAUUGCAUCACCGUCCUUGCUGAAGAGCUCUGCUUAGAAUGCUCUUCCCCAUAUGUCCUCACAACUCCAUCUCUUAAAUACUGCCUAUGCAGAGAGGUGUUUAUUGAUUGUUCAAAAUAUAAAAUCAUAUUCCCUUCCACCCAUUAAUCACUAGCUCUUGUACCCUGCUAUGAUUUUAUUUAUAAUAUUUAUGACUGUUUGACAUACAUUAUAUUCAUUUGUAUCCACCCCUCUGUAAUUUUAAGCUCUAUAAGCACAGAGAUUUUAUUUUGUUCACUGCUGUCUGGUACACAGUAGGUACUCAUUAAGUAUUUGUUGAAUGAAUUUUGGUGAUUAUCUACAGGUCAGCCUGUCUCCAGGCAAGAUGAUUAAGAAUCCAAGUUUCAUAAAGUAGGCAAUAUUUUUAAAGCCAAUUUUAUUUUCUCUUAAUUUCUCAUCUAUUUGGAAAGCCACUUUAAUUUACUACUUUCAGAUUUAUCACUCCUUUUGCAAACUUGAUCCUUUCCAUCCUUUUCUAGUCUAUUUUCCAAUUAUGUAUGAUACUUUAUUUUGAAUUACAGCAACUUAAAGUUGAUAUUUCCUUUCAAAAAGUUUUAAUUACUUAAUUGAAAUAUGAAACUCCAACUAUAAAUUCAAUGUUGGUGAAAGGCACCAGACUUACAUUCCCAUAAAACUGAGCACUUACUUUCAUUGGAUGCAUUUAUAGGAGAGGUAUAUGUAUGGGUAAUGUUGUUGUCAUUGCUGGUAGGUGCCGUCAAGUCCGUUCCAACUCAUAGUGAGCCUGUGCACAACAGAAUGAAACACCGCCCUGUCCUGCACCAUCUUCACAAUCGCUGCAAUGCUUGAGCUCAUUGCUGCAGCCACUCUUUCAGUCCAUCUUGUCAAGGGUCUUCCUCUUUUUCGCUGACGCUCUACCAAGCAUGAU